AUGACUGGGGAGAAACUGACUCUUCAGAUUAUAGACGACCUUAACGAUAUGGAUGGAAACUCAGACAUUCUCAGCACCAUUGGUUAUGACAGCAUCAUCCAACAUCUCAACAAUGGCCGCAAGAACUGCAAAGAGUUUGAAGACUUUUUAAAAGAAAGGGCAUCAAUUGAAGAGAAAUAUGGCAAAGACCUGCUCAACCUCUCUAGGAAGAAGCCAUGUGGACAGUCUGAGAUCAACACUCUGAAGCGGGCCCUUGAAGUCUUCAAGCAGCAAGUAGACAAUGUUGCACAAUGUCACAUUCAGCUUGCACAGACUCUAAGAGAAGAAGCCAGAAAAAUGGAAGAAUUCAGGGAAAAGCAAAAGCAACAGCGGAAAAAGACAGAGAUCAUAAUGGAUGCUGUCCACAAACAAAGAAGCUUACAAUUCAAGAAAACCAUGGAUGCAAAGAAGAACUAUGAGCAGAAAUGCCGGGACAAGGAUGAAGCAGAGCAGGCUGUCCACAGGAGUGCCAACCAGGUGAACGUGAAGCAACAAGAAAAGCUUUUUGUGAAACUGGCAACAUCAAAGACUGCAGCAGAGGAUUCUGAUAAAGCCUACCUGCUGCAAGUCAACACGUUGGAGAGGGUCCGAGAAGAAUGGCAGAGCGAACACAUCAGGGCCUGCGAGGUAUUUGAGGCUCAAGAAUGUGAACGAAUCAACUUCUUCCGGAAUGCAUUGUGGUUACACAUGAACCGGCUGUCACAACAAUGUGUCACCAGUGAUGAAGACCUGAGAGGACCUCUCCCAGCUCCUAGAAGUUUACCAGAUGACCCUGAUUAUUCUUUGGUUGACAACUACAGUUUGCUCUAUCAGUAG